AUGUCGCCACCAUCAGCAAUUGAGCCUCAGAACGGCGAUGACAAGAAACCAAACACCACCGCCCCGCUCGAACCAGGUCUCGACGAAAAGCGAGGCAAAAUGGAAACACUGAGUUUCCCCAAGCCACCAAAGUUCGAUGAUCCGUACAAGGAGCGCGCAUACCUCAAAGGCCGACUCGCCGCCGCCUUUCGCAUAUUUGGAAAAUAUGGAUUCGAUGAGGGUGUGGCUGGACACAUUACCUUGCGAGACCCCGUAGAACCAACACACUUUUGGGUGAAUCCCUUUGGCGUCGCAUUUUCACUGAUGAAAGCAUCCGACCUAAUCCUCGUUAAUGCAGAGGGAAAAGUAAUCGACGGCGGAGAAGUCCGUCUACUAAAUACUGCCGCAUACAUGAUCCACCACGCAGUCCACACCGCGCGUCCGGAUGUCAUGUGUGCCGCCCACUCGCAUUCAAUCUACGGCCGCACAUUCUGCGCUCUAGGUCGAAAACUCGACACCAUUACGCAAGACAGCUGCGCCUUCCACAACGACCAUGUAGUGUAUAACAGUUUCAAGGGCGUGGUGUUGGCGGAAGAAGAGGGUAAAAAUAUUGCAAAAGCACUAGGGGAUAAGAAGGCAGCGUUGUUGCAGAAUCAUGGCCUGUUGACUGUGGGAAAGAGUAUUGAGGAGGCGGUGUUUUGGUUCGUGAGUCUGGAGAAAUGCUGCCAUUCGCAGUUGAUGGCGGAUGCGGCGGUGGCGGGCAGAGGUGAGUUGAUUCAUAUUGAUGAGGAAGAUGCGGCGUAUACGUAUAAGACGGUUGGGACGCCGAUUGCUGGAUGGUUUUCGGCGAAGCCAAUGUUUGAUGUUAUCCACAAGGAGACGGGUGGAGACUAUCUGGAAUGAGCGAUGGAGAAUCGGAAACUUGACUACCAUGAAGAGGCAUUAAGAGUUUGACGUGGUAGCAUAAGGAAAAAUCGCUCUUCGUUAGCUGCUUCGAAAUAGCAAAUCUUUUUAAAUUGAUCAUUCACCAAAGGCGCAUUU